UUGAACCAAUGUUGACUCUGUAAGCAGAAACAAGCAGAAACACGAUGUGUAUUGGUGUUUACGCGGUACUCUUAUUAAAAAAAAAAAAAAACUUUUAAUCAAUUAUAUAUAACAAGUAUAAAUUAUUGUUAAGCUAUUUGAUUUAUAUUUUUAAUUACAAUAAAAGUAUUAUUGUUGUUAUAUUAAAGUGUUUGUUUGCACAAAAAAAGUGAGACAUUGUAAAAAUAAUGAGUGUCAACGACGACACGGAAAGUCAGUGGGACAAGACAAUUAAAAAAAAUUGUAUUGGAAUGGGUGAUAUUUUAGCUAAAGAAACAAUUAUCAAUAAUCAAGAUGCAUCAUUUAAAUAUGAAAGUACUGAUUCUGAUGAUGAAUAUUGUCAUAAAAGACAAGAGGCAGAUGGUGCAUCAGAUGCUCAUGAAGUUGUCCCUGAACCACCACCACCCAAGUCAUUCCAAAUGGAUUUAAGAGAGAGUCCUUCAAAUUUAAAAAAUGGCAAAAAAAAUGAAACACAAGAAACGCCAUUUGAAAGACACGAGGAGACAUGUUCAUGUAAAAUUUGUAAAAUUCAAAGAAAACAUCUACAUGAAAAAAUCAAUGAUGUAUGGAAAUGGCAAGAACAAGGAUUGAAAAUUCGAAAAUAUAUACGUUGUGUAUUCAAUACAGCAAUGGAAUCAUUGAGUGUACCAAAUUUAUCAACCUAUGAAUGUGAUCCAAAUGAGUAUGCUGAAUUACAAAAAAUAGUUGAUGAAUUAUCACUUAAAAAUCCACAUUUAUUAUUUCUAAUGCUUGUCAUACAAGCACAAGAAUUUGUUGUCGAAUUAAAAAUAAGAAUAAUGGAUCCAUUGGAAGAUAAUAAUCUUGCUAGAAUUGCUGAAGUAUUUUUAACAAGACUAUUAAAUGGUUAUGAUAUUUUAAUAUCAACAGCAGUGCACGUAUCAAAAUUAUUAAAACCACUUGAAGAACGUCAUUUAAAGCAAUUUAGUUUAACAUGGGAAUUUUUUAAUAAAAAAUUAUAUCAAAAUUAUAUUUAUUUUUAUGAGCCAACAAUUAGAAAUAUAUUACCAUCAGUUGUUUGUCAAUUAAGAAAACCACGUAAAGGUAAAGGUUAUCAAAUACUUCUUGAACGUUAUCUUGGUUUUGUUGAUGAAAUGAUGAGAAUUGCGGGUUUAUGGCCAGAAAAAGAAGUGCUAAUUGAUCAAUAUAGUGCUGAAAAAGUAGCUGAAAUAAUGAAAUCAGAUGUUAUUCAUACAAUUAAUUGGAAAUUAAAUACAACUGAUGAAAUAAUAUUAAUGGAUUUAAAAAAAAAAUCUCAUAUACCUGGUUUUGGUAUUACAAAAAAAAAUGUUAAUGAAUGUUUUAAAAAACCAAAGCUACAAUUUAAAAUUGCUAAAAAAAGUUUAAAUAUACAAAAUAUACGUUCUAUGUUGGAUGUGUGGGUUAAAAGAAUGUAUCAAAUAAUGGCAUGUGGUACACUUGGUAUUGAUGGUCUUGAUUCACAAUCACAUUUGGAUUUAGAUUAUUCACAAAGUACUGAUGAAAUUAUUGAAAAACUUAAAAAUAGUUUAUCAUGUUUUUAUUUUAGUUAUCAAGUUGCAUCAUGGCUUGUAUUAAGUCGUCCAACUGAUAAUACAAAUGAUUCAGAUAUACAAUGUUCAAAGUGUACCGAAUUAUCAUGGGUAUCCCAUUUAGUUGUUGGUGGUAGAAAUGAUUUUGGUGAAUGUUCACAUCCAAUAUUAUCACAAAAAUCAAAUUCUACAACAACAACAACAGUAUCAACAUCAACAUCAUCAUCACCAAUUAUUGAUGAAUGUAGAAAAUUAAUUGAAGAAACAAAUAAAAAAGAUUGUCAAUGUAUACAAUUUCAUUUAGGUGAAUGGCAAGGUACAACAUAUCGUGGUUUAUUACCAUUUCCACCAUGUUUAUGUACACUUGAUGUACGAUAUUUACCAGCAUCUGUAUGUCCAUGUUUACGUGAAAAACGUGAUUUUAUGACACGUAAAAAAUCAAAAGUUGAAUCAUUAACAGAUACUAAAAAAAAUUUAUGUUCUGUUGGAAUUAAUAAAAAUGAUAAAAUUAAAAAUAUAAAAAAUAAUAUUAAUAAUAAAAAAAAUACAAAUACAAUAUCAUCAUCUUCAUCGGCUUCAUCAUCAGUAUCAUCUUCAUCUUCAUCAUCUCCAUCACCACAAGUACAGAUGAAAAAUUCAACAACACAAACACCAAAUAUAACGAUUGAUAAUCAAAGCAAUCCAAAUAUUAUUUGUCAUGGAGGCAAAUGUAUAUCACAUGGAAAUAAUAAUACAACAAUAAUAAAUGAUAAUAAACAUAUGAAUAAUCAUCGUUUAUAUAAUCAUUCAUGUCAUAAAUCAACAAGUAUUGAAUUAUCAAUUAAAAAAAUUUCAACAAAUGAUUUAUCACAUAAUGAUAAUAAUAAUAACUCUGGUGAAUUAUCUGAUUCUGGUAGUUCACAUGAUGAUUCAUGCUCAACAAGUAGCUCAACAGCACGUGAUAAUUCAAAGCAUUGUGAUUGUUGUUAUUGUGAAGUAUUUGGACAUGGUGUACAGCCAGCUGCACAAGUUAGUCGUAAUUAUCAUGAAAUGAGAGAAAGAUUACGUCAAUUAUUAACUAAAAAGAAAGCUAAAUGUAAAUCAGCAACAAAAGAUAAUUCAUCAUCAUUAUCAAUGAAUUUAGACACACAAUUAUUAAAUAAAAUACAACAACAAAACUUUACUGCAACAGAUUCACAUGGUAGACCAAUUGCACCAAUUUUAAAAUUAACAAAUAAUGGUAAUUCGAAAUACAAUCAAAAUGAUAAAAGGGAUUUAGAUUCACUUGUUAAAUUUAUUGAAGGUCCAAAUAAUAAUGAUAAACAUAUUAAAGAUAUUAAAAAAAUGGAAAAAAAAGCAAGACAAAAACAAAAAAAAGCUGAUGAGUUAUUAAAAAAAGAACAAGAUGAAUUAGAAAAACAAAAAUUAAUUGAAAUGCAAAAAAAAACACCAGAAGUUACAAUAACUGUUGUUGAUUCAUGUAAAUCAUUAUCACAAAAAAAUAUAAAUAAUAAAAAUUUACCAAAAGUAUCAAUAAUACCAACAGUACCAGUUGAAACAUCAUCAACAAAAUCUACAGCUGUUAGUAACAAUAAAGAAAUAACAAAAAAUAAACAAAAUGAAUUAAAAAAUAAUAAAAAUACAACAGAUAAUAAGGUCAAUGGUAAUUCUAAAAAAUUAAAAAAAAAAGGUACUAUUGAUAAUAAGAUAAUUGAAGAAGUUAAAGAUAAAAAAAAAAGUAAGAUGAUAAAACAAGAAAUAGAAAAAUUGUCACCGACAAUAGUUGAGCCACCAUCACAACAAGAACCAGAGAAAUCAUUGCCUGAAGUACCAUUAACUAAAAAAGAAAGACAAAAAUUAAAACGUCAAUUGAAAAAAAAUGAUGAAAAAGAAAAUAUUAAAGAUGAUAAUAUAAAACAACAAGAACAACAGCAACCACAACCACAACCACAAAUAGUUACAAUUAAAAGAGUUAUGGAAUCAAAUCUUGCUGAGCCAACAGUUACAAUAACACUCAAGGGACAAACACCAGCACAAGAUAAAGUAUUAUUUACAUUAAUUAAUGGACAAACAAAAGAACCAUCUAAAAAUAAUGAACAGCAAACAACUGGUAAAAAGAAAAAGAAAAAUAAAUUUGAUAAUACAGAUGUAACAGCAACACAAAAAUUACAACAACAACAAAAUACAUUAAAGGUACAAAAAAAUAAUGAUAAAAAAUCAAGCCAACAACAAUCAUUAAUUGAUAAACAAAAAAAUAAUAAUAAUCAAAAAGCUAAUGAUAAAAUAAUAAAAAUUGAUGAAAAGAAUAAGAAAACUAAAAAGGAUAAAAAAAAUACUGAAAACAAACAGCCUAUUAAUAAUAAUGAUUUACCAAAAAAUAUAAUAAAAGAUAGCAAAAAUAAUAAUCAACAACAAGAAGUAAUAAUGAAAAAUAAUAAUAAUAAAAAAGAUAAUAAAAUUCAGCCACUUGUUGAAAGUAAAAUACAACAAAAUAUAACAAAUACUGCAACAUCUAAAAAAACAAAUAAAAAAAAUGAUAAAAAUAUAAUUGAUAAUCAACAAUUAAUUGGUAAAAUAAAUAAUAAUUUAACUAAACAAAAAAAUCCAAAACAACAAGAUGAUACUAAAAAAAUAUCAAUGACAAAAAAUCAAAAUUUAUUACAAUUAUCAAAACAAAAAAAAAUUAAUGAUACAAAAUUGCCAGUUGAUAAUUCAUCAUUGAAUAAUAAUAAUAAUAAUAAUAGUGUAAACAAAACAAAUGAUGGUAAAUCAAAGAUUAACAUUGAAAGUUUAAAAUUACCACCAGGUAUAACAAUUACAAAAGUUGAUACACCAGCAAAGCCAUUACCAAUUAAAUCACAAUCAAUUAAAAAUCAACAAGCACCACAAAAACAAACAACAAUAAUUGCUGCACCAAUGUCUGGUGUACAAUCAAAUUAUUCUGGUUCACAAUCUGGUGGUAAUGUUAUUGUCGUUGAUACUGGAAAAUUAAAACAAGAUUUGAUACCUAAAAAUAUUGAUAAAGGAAAUACAAAAGAUAAUAAUCAGCAAGCAUCAACAGCAAGUAAAAAGAAGAAGAAAAAAAAGAAUAGCCCAAAUCAGUUGCCACAAAAAACUACAGAUAAUUUUGAAAAUGAUGAUAAUGCUAAAAUACUUCAUAAUCCAACAACAAAUAUGGUUACAAUACGCAAUCCAGCAUUUGGACCUGCACCUCCUAAAAUGGAACCAACACAACAGGCAGCAAUAAUAAAAGUUGCUGAAAAUGGUAUGGUUACAAUACGAAGUCCAGCUUUACAACAAGCAAUGAAUGCUGGUUUAUCACCAUCACCAAAACCAGAUUUUAUUGUAAAAGGUGAUAUAUCAACUUCAACAACAUCACAAACAUCAAUAAAUACAAUAAAUAAUAUUAGCAAUACAAAUGGCAUGAUAACAUCAAGUCUUGCUGAAUUACGUAGUCGUUUAACACCAGAUUGUACUGGUAUAACUGGACUUGCAAAUAUACAAAUAAGUAAAUUAGCAAAUGGUCAAGCAAUACCUGAAAAUGGUAUUAAUUUGAAAGGUACAAGUGUUACAUUAACUAAAGUUAAAAAUCCAGAUAGUUGUUUUAAAAAUGAUGAUGUUUCAACAACUGCUAUUUCAACAAUACCAACAGCAACAAGUGGAAAAGGAAAAAAAAAGAAAAAACGGGGAAAUGGUACGAGUAGUGGUGAUGAUUGGAAUCUUGUUGAGAGCGUAUUCACGCCAAAAGAUAUAGACCUCGAGGAUGGUGAAAUGGAUGAUGCUGAACGUGAAUUGGAAGCCUUCAAACGUUUUUGUCUUCAAUCAGUACCACCACCACGAAAAGAAAAAGUCAAUUUAAACAUCAAGGACAUUGUACUAAAGAAAAAAUCAUCUUCUUCUUCAUCUUCAUCAACAACUUCUACUACUGCUGUUAUUGCAGCAAAUUAAAAUUAUUUUUUUAUUAUUAUUAAUAAUUAUUAUCGUUAUUAUUUUACUUUUAUUUUUUCGUAAAAUUGCAUUGCGUUAAAAAAAACAAACAACAACAACUUACUAAAUGAUUGAGUAAGAAAAAAAAAAAAAAACAUAUAUUUUUUUCAAUUCUUUUAAAUAUUUGUCUAAAAUUGCUGUAAAUUUUAAAUAAAUAAUAAAUAACCGUGAAUAAUAAAAGUAUAAUAUAGAAAGAAAAAAAAAUGUAAAAAUGAAAUAUUUUUAAUAUUUCAUAUGUGUUUUUCGAGAGAGAUGAAGACAAGCUCAUUGUGCUCACCGUGAUUUGUUGAUCAUGAUGCAUUUUGUACGACGAGCUUUAGCUUUUUAUUAAUAAUUAUUAAAAUAUAAAAAAACAAUUUGUAUGUAUGUAUGUAACUGUAGAUUAAUAAGAAGUUUAUUUGGCUUUUUUUUAAUUAAAAAAAAAAAAAGUAUUGAAUGUUUUUUUGUGAAAAAUACGAAAAAGAUUUUCAUCAAUUAGAAUUAAACAAUCAAUACAAGUAAAUGAUAAAAGGGCUUAUUGUUGUUGUCAGAUAAUAUCUGUGAAUAAUUUUGCAAUUUUUGUUUUGUUCAUUAUCAUUUAUCACAAAUGAAAGACAUUUUAAUUUUUUUUUUUUAAAUGAGCUGGUAAUUUUUAAACAAUGUGUCUCGAAAUUAUGAUAGUAUUAUUUCAAUAAAUAACGUGAUAAAUAUUCUGGAUAUUUUAAUUAUCAUAUUAUACUGAAUCGAAUUUUUUCAAAUAAUAAAAAAAAUACUGAAAU